AUGGGAGGUCACCCCGAUUUUGCGGAGUUCGAGGAAAUCUUGAAGGAGUUCUUUCAGAACGGCAGAGGACCACCCGCGGAACCAGAGAGGGACCUGCAAGACGUGUGGGAAGGCAUCUUAGGCUUCACGUUGAUCUCUCUGACCGCCUGUGGCGCCUCACCUGGCUGGCGCGGCGGCCGCCUUUGGCCGGUCUCCUCAGCUGGUGCUGGUGGAGGACAUGGAACCGCAGGUGGCGUUUCCUGCUCUUUGACAUUGGUCUUGGCUAGGGUACUGCACUGGACGUUGUCCAUCGACCAGGUCCGCUGGACACAGUGCUUGUCCUUCGAAAUGCUGCCGUGCUCGCGGCGAUGGUUGGAAGAAAUGAGAGCUUGCGCAGUCAGUGCUUCCAAGAAGGUGGUAGGUGACAAGGUAUCCCAAGGUACUGACCCAUCCCCAGCAGAUACUGUCCUUCUGGUUCAGCACCUGUCCCACUUACCUCGGUUUACCGAGCCGAGCUUCGCGGAAACAGUGGCGGUACCGGGAGGGUUGAGUCUUUUCGGGCGGGCCAUCCGGGGGCUGUUCAAAGGGGCAGACCUGGUGGGGAGCUGUUGGACAGAUGGCUACUCUGCCGAGCUCUGCUGUGACACUCAGACCUUUGGUCCAGGUGGUAACGCGGGCUGCUGGGAUGGAUCUGAGACUUGGCGUUGGUCCCUGUUGGUGAAGGAUGAGGGCUUCACCUACAAAGCGUGUUGCUGCGAUGAGAGCCACGGCUGCUGGGUAGCGCCGCAGCUCUCGCAGGCGGCACCAUGGGGACAUUGGGGAGAGCCUCCCCUUGGCAAUCCAGUUGAAGAGCUUAGUGUGGGCCUCUUUCCGACCUACGAGCCUGGAAAGGAUUGCUGGACAGGCAGUGCCGCCACCUAUGCCAAGUGUUGUGAUUUGACCAUGAAUCCCAUGGGAAACAUCUGGAAUUGCUGGGACAACAAUCGCUUCACCUUCGAACGCUGCUGCUUCCUUGGGGAGGCCGCGCUGGGCGAAGCUCCUCCCAAGCCGCUGCUGCGCCCCGCGCUGCGCGCGCAAGCGACGCGGGCGGCGCCGGAGGAACUGCUCUUCCAACGGCCGGCAGGUCAGGAGUGUUGGGUCCACGGCUUCACCUUUGCAGCCUGUUGCCUGGCUGGGAUCAACAGCUGCUGGGACGAAAUCUUCACCCACGCAGCCUGCUGUGAUGGUCGGCCGCAGCUGCCACAGGCGGGUCCUAUCGUGGAGGCUACGAACCCGAUUGUGAAUUGUUUGGACUUGUCCAGCCACUUGACCCUAGACCUGGAGCAGCGUCCGCGGCAGUGUCCGCAACGCUACUUCUACCUGGCCACCAUGGGCACAGCACUGAUCGGAGCGGAUCGGAAGGGCUUUCCCUGGUGGUACCCGGCAGAUGAUGUGCAGAUGGUGAAACCCUUGCGGCCUCAAAGGAUGCACUUCGUGGGUGGCAUCUGUGUGCCCUCGAGCUGCUCUGUGGAGGCCACAGCCUCUUAUCUCGCUCCCCUGGUGGCUCCCUGGUGGCGUUCUCCGCGUGCCAAAGCGCAGCCCUUGAACGCAAGCCACGUGACGCUGCCGCCUCCCCUAGCGGUGCGGCACAAGGCCUUUGGGGACCCCAAGGCCAAGAUCAACCUGACCUUUACAGCUUGGACCGCGCUGCGCCCAGCGAAUGGGGAAGCACUGGCGGACUUGGAUCGCUGCUGGGUGCAACGGAUGGCAAGUUUCACUCCGUGGAGCGUGUGA